AUGGACAAUGGAGGCGCGCACUGCACCUGCGCCACGCCUCGCGCCAGCCCCUCCCCCGCCCCACCCGAGAGGGCUAGGCCUUCGGGGUCCUCUGACGCCUCUCGGACCCAAGUGGGGGAGAAGGGCAUGGAGGGGCGCGGGGUCACUGAAAAGUUUGCACUUCUCUACCGCCUGCUUGCCACUGGCAGCGCAAAUGAGGUUCUCCCGCCCUUGGCUGGAAGCUUGGAAUUUGCACCGCUGAGGAGGCUUUUGGCUGCACGUGCCCUGUUUAUAUGUGUCCCUGCUCGGGCAAAUGUGGGUGUAGGAGAUCUAUCAGCUCAGUGGUGCUGCAGCUGCAAAACUUGGAAGAUGGUAAAACAGUCCACUGGGAGUCCAGCCACAGCUGCAGAAGUGGGAGGCAGGAAUGAAAGAACACAUAUUUAUGGGAAACCCUAUGAAAGUAACCAGUGUGGUAAAGCCUUCACACAUCACACAGAUCUUCAAAGGCUUAAAAGGAAUCACAGUGGAGAGAAGCCAUGCGAAUAUUAUCAAUGUGGUAAAGGCUUUUUACAACACAGUAAACUCCACCUACAUAGAAAAACACAUGCUGGAGAGAAACCCUAUGAAUGUAAUGAGGGUGAGAAAGUUUUUUCCCAACAUGGAAAUCUCCAAAUGCAUAAAAGAACACAAACAGGAGAGAAACUAUACCAAUGUAAUCAAAGUGAUAAAGCCUUUAGAACACAUACUGGAGAGAAACCCUACAAAUGUAAUCAGUGCGGGAAAGCCUUUUCAAUCACUAGUGUUCUCCAGGAGCACAAACGAACACAUACUGGAGAGAAACCCUACAAAUGUAAUCAGUGUGGUAAAGCCUUUUCACAACCCAGUGGUCUCCAUGUGCAUAAAAGAACACAUACUGGAGAGAAACCCUACAAAUGUAAUCACUGUGGGAAAGCCUUUUCACAACACAGUAGUCUCAAAAAGCAUAAAAGAACACAUACUGGAGAGAAACCUUACAAAUGUAAUCAGUGUGGGAAAGCCUUUUCACACCCCAGUACUCUCCAUGUGCAUAAAAGAACACAUACUGGAGAGGAACCCUACAAAUGUAAUCAGUGUGGUAAAGCCUUUUCACACCCCGGUAGUCUCCAUGUGCACAAAAGUACACAUACUGGAGAGAAACCCUACAAAUGUAGUCAGUGUGGUAAAGCCUUUUCACACCCCGGUAGUCUCCAUGUGCAUAAAAGAACACAUACUGGAGAGAAACCCUAUGGAUGUAAUCAGUGUGGUAAAGCCUUUUCACACAACAGUAAUCUCCAGGUGCAUAAAAGAACACAUACUGGAGAGAAACCCUACAAAUGUAAUCAGUGUGGGAAAGCCUUUUCACGAUACAAUAGUCUCCAAGUGCACAAAGGAACACAUACUGGAGAGAAACCCUAUGAAUGUAAUCAAUAUGAUACAGCCUUUGCAAGUUGCUUCACUUUCAUGAAUGAUUGA